GGGCUCACUUAAACCUACGUGCGAGCUUAUGCAAGCUAUGCUUUUCAUUUUCCUUAUCAUCAUGUCUACGUAGGUGUCCUCGUUAAGCUAACGUUGUACAAAUGCUGGCUUGGAGAGGCAUUCGCGGUGGCAGCUGCAGCCAAUCUGCUAUUUGACGCGCGGCUGCAAGAGCUCAACCUGGAAGACAACGACUUCUCCAUCACCGACGUCUACAACAUGAUAGCGACGCUGGAGGUGAACAAGACGCUGGCGACGUUAGUCGUCAACCUGACAGGCGCACCACCCCGGAACGAGAUCUCCUUCCUGUUCCGACUGAUCUCGACCAUCGACGUCUCCUCCCGCCUAAAAUUCAUCUGGAUCAACCCGCGCGGAUCCGACUUCGCGGAGGGCGUCCUCUCUUCCCAAACGAGCUCCACCACCCGGAGCUUGGACGAGUGCGGAUCCAAAGACGCGAUGGAGUUCCUGGACGCACUCGCCACAACUCGCAACAUUGGCGUCGCUUGGCUCGAAUGUACUAUAAGUGCAGAACAAAUCGUGAUUCAAAAGUUGAUCGACACUCUCGCCAGGACCAAGUACCUAAGGAAAGUAUUGCUCAUAUAUUUCAUACGGAAGAGCUGGUGAAUACUCGCAUUUUUUGUAUUAAAAUAAGUCAAGCGCAUAUGUAUUUUCACUGUCUCAACAGUUAAACCGUUUCAGAUACGGUUAUUGCACAGUGAAGAAAUUGAGAUCCUAGGAUACUUAUCUCGAAAAAUUCGAGGGAGCGAAUUGCUCGAGCCUGGGGUUUGUAACGUACAGC